UUUGAAAAAAAUCAUGUUUUAGUUGAGAAAAAUAAAAAAAUAAUUAAUUUAUAUUAUAAUUAAAUUAAUUUUAAAUUUAAAAUAAAUAAAUCAUAAAAUAAUUAAGUCUCCCUAUAAAGAUAUAUGCUGGCGCUCUGUACUGUGUUUAUGAAUAAAUUGGAGACUGUUGCGAGAUGUUUGGGAUUGAAAGACUCAAGACUCUAUUCUGAUGUAUAUCUUUAUAGAGUUCACCACAACUGUUCUUCUUCAUCAGGUUUGUUUGCAUACCUCUGUUCUGAUGUUUACCUAACAUCUAUAUAUUGUGCAGGAUUAAACUUAAACAAUGUCACAAUAUCUCGAGUCAUCCUGUGAAGUUGAUCAAACCAACGAAGGCUCGACUAAAUAAACUCAGCUCGAAUUAUGUCCGGCUCGAAACUCGGCUCGUCCGAACCGAAUAACAGCCCUAUGUGGGAUCAUAUCACCUCAUUUUUCCAAUAUACGUGUUCAAAAGGAUCCUUGGAUAAUGCUGCGACUCGAGACGACGUCACAGAUGUUAAAGAACCACUUUUAGAUGAUGGUAGCCGAGGGUGUGAUGCUGUGACUGCCUACGAGAAUGCAGGUUUUUAUUCUACUCUGUCUUUCUCUUGGAUAACUCCACUACUUGCUUUAGGAGUUGAGAAAACAACCUUGGAGCUUGAGGACAUCCCUCAACUAGGCCUUUCAAAUAGUGUUUUCGGAGCAUAUCCGUUGUUCCAAAGCAGGCUUUGUGAUAAUGGUGGUGAUAGAGGAGUUGUUGUUACUGAGCUUGGGCUUGCUAAGUUGUAUUUUUUGUCAGCUUGGAAGGACAUAAUUUGGACAGCUCUCCUCGGGAUAAUUCACACACUAGCUCGUUAUGUUCCUCCUUAUCUUAUUGAUAGCUUUGUGAAAUGCCUAAAUGGGAGAGAAGUAUUCCAAUAUCAGGGAUAUAUUCUUUCUUUGACCUUCUGUGCCGCGACUUUUCUUGAGGUUUUUACAUACAGACACUGGAUUUUUAAGUUGCAACAAAUUGGAAUCAGACUUCGAGGAGUGACAACUGUAAUGCUCUACAAUAAGAGUUUGACACUUUCUGACCAGGGUAGUGGUGGUGGAAGUGGAGGAGGACUUAUAAAUGCUGUGGCUGUUGAUGUCGAGACAAUCCGAGGGUUCAUCGUGGACAUGCAUGAUGCGUGGUUAAUCCUUUUCCAAAUCGGUUUAGCAUUGCUAAUUUUGUACAAGAACUUGGGUCUUCUUGCCUCUGUUGCUUCUUUAGUUGUAACACUGUUUUUUCUUGCGGCAAAUUCUCUAUUCAUGAAAUGGCAGGAGAAGUUUCAAAAAAACCUAAUGGAAUCCAAGGAUAAUAGAAUGAAGGUGACAAUUGAGACUUUAAAGAAUAUGAGAGUUCUUAGGCUUGGAGCAUGGGAGAUGAGUUUUUUGUCAAAGAUUCUUCAGCUCAGGGAAGUGGAGUUGCAAUGGUUGAAAAAAUAUCUAUAUAGUUCAGUAGUGAUUGGUUUUUUCUUUGGAAUAAGUCCGACUAUGGUGGCUUUAGCCACAUUCGGUUCUUGUAUAUAUAUGGGAAUCCCACUUGAAAUGGGGCAAAUUUUGACUGCACUUGCUACCUUUAGGGUUCUACAAGCGCCAAUCCUCCUCCUCCCAGAAACAUUAUCCUUGCUAGUCCAAGCCAAGGUUUCACUUGGGAGAAUCGCUUCACUUCUCUCCCUUGAUGAGCUCCAUAUUGAUGGUUUAAAGAAGCUACCAUUGGGUAGUUCUGAUACAGCAGUUGAGAUUGUUGAUGGAAACUUCACUUGGGAUAGUAAAUCUUCAUCUACUGAUACAUCAGUAUUAAAAGACAUAAACUUCAAAGUGUCUCAUGGUAUGAAGGUUGGGAUAUGUGGUACAGUUGGUUCAGGCAAGUCGAGCUUACUUUCUUGCAUUCUGGGUGAAAUGCCUAGAAUCUCGGGGGAAGUCAAGUUUAGUGGGACAAAGGCUUAUGUUUCUCAGUCACCAUGGAUACAGAGUGGUACAGUUCAAGAGAACAUACUGUUCGGCAGGGAUAUGUGUCGAACAAGAUAUGAUCAAGUACUUGAAGCAUGUUGUCUUAAGAAGGACUUGGAGAUCCUUUCAUUUGGUGACCAGACUGUUAUUGGUGAGAAAGGUGUCAACUUAAGUGGCGGACAGAAGCAACGUAUACAGAUUGCUCGCUCUCUGUACCAUGAUGUGGAUAUCUAUCUAUUUGAUGAUCCUUUUAGUUCUGUGGAUGCUCAUACUGGUUCUCAUUUAUUCAAGGAAGUAGUGCAUGGUAUUCUAAGUGAGAAAACUGUUAUUUAUGUCACUCACCAAGUUGAGUUCUUAAGCGCUGCUGAUCUAAUUGUGGUCAUGAAAAAUGGAAGGACUGCACAAGUGGGAAAGUAUGCUGACAUUCUCGUUCCAAGUUCUGAAUUUAUACGACUUGUAGGGGCAAAAAAUGCAGCUCUGUCGUCUACACUUGAUUUCAUUAGGGCUGCACCAAUAUCUGCAGACAGUACGAAUACUAUCAUUAGUAAUGAAAAUGUGAAUGGAAAAGUAGACGAGGGAGGUGCUGCAGGUUUAGCACCUGCAGCACAGCUAGUAAAGGAAGAAGAAAGAGAGAGGGGUAGAGUUGGCUUUCCAGUCUACUGGAAAUACAUCACAACUGCAUAUGGAGGAGCUUUGGUGAUUCUUGUGAUUUUGGCAUCAGCCAUCCUAACAACUUUUCAGAUAGGGAGUGAUUCCUGGUUGGCUUGGGCAACUCCGCCAUCAAAGGAUGUAAAGCCUGUUAUUAGUGGAGCUACACUAAUGACUGUCUAUGCAUCCUUGGCUUGUGGCAUAUGUUUCUGCACCCUUGUUGUAGAAUCUCUUGUUGUAGUCACAGGCUAUAAAACUGCUAUUAUACUUUUUAAGCAAAUGCUUGAGACCAUUUUCCGUGCUCCUAUGUCCUUUUUUGAUGCGACACCUGCUGGAAGAAUUAUCAACCGAUGUUCAACUGAUCAAAGUGUUGUGGAGACUCGGAUUUCGAACCUACUGGAGGGAAUUAUUACCGAAACAAUCCAACUUGUGGGAAUAAUUGCUUUGAUGUCAACAGUUGCUUGGGAAGUUCUAUUGAUAUUCAUCCCCCUUAUUUUUGCCUCCAUUUGGUAUCAGCAAUAUUACAUGCCUGCAUCAAGGGAAUUGUCACGGUUGAGUCGGGCAUCUGAAGCUCCGGUUAUUCAAUAUUUUUCCGAAACUAUUUCGGGACUAACAACUAUUAGAAGCUUUGAUCAAAAUUCAAGAUUUCUGCAAACUUAUAUGAAAAUAGUGGAUGCAUAUUCUCGCCCGGAGUUCCAAUUUGCUGCUGCAAUGAAAUGGCUAUUGUUGCGGUUGGAUGUAUUUUCUUGUAUUACAUUUGCCUUCCUUUUGGUUCUCUCAACAUACUUCAGGAAAACAAUAAAUCCUGCAAUUGCAGGGUUAGCUGUGACGUAUGGACUCACAUUAAAUAAUACGCUAAUCGGAUUAAUAUGGUGUUUAUGCCAUUUCCAAACCAAAAUGAUAUCAGUGGAGAGAAUUCUUCAAUACAUGUAUGUUCCCAGCGAAGCUGCUCUUACUAUACAAGAGAACAGGCCAGAUAGUUCUUGGCCAUCGAGAGGAGAAAUCGAUAUCCAUAAUUUGCAGGUUCAAUAUGCUCCGCAUUUACCCCUUAUACUACAUGGUGUGACUUGCACUUUUCCGGCAGGAAAGAAAACUGGUAUUGUUGGAAGAACGGGAAGUGGAAAAUCAACUCUGAUACAAGCACUUUUUCGGAUGGUAGAACCUAAAUCCGGUCAUAUUGUCAUUGAUGACAUUGAUAUUUCAUCAAUUGGACUCCAAGAUUUGAGGUCAAGACUCAGUAUUAUUCCUCAGGAUCCAGUCAUGUUUCAAGGAACCGUACGAAGCAACUUAGACCCACUCGAGCAUUACACAGAUGCACAGAUAUGGGAUGCUUUAGAUAAAUGUCAACUUGGAGACCAAGUCAAGAAGAUGGAAAGAAAGUUGGAUUCUAUUGUUCACGAGAACGGGGAGAACUGGAGCAUGGGUCAGAGACAAUUAGUUUGUCUAGGGCGAGUACUACUGAAGAAAAGUAAGGUGUUGAUCCUUGAUGAAGCAACCGCUUCAGUUGACACAAGCACAGAUAAUCUUAUUCAACAAACUCUUAAACAUCACUUAUCUGAUUGUACUAUUGUCACCAUUACACAUCGUGUCACUUCUGUCCUUGACAGCGACAUGGUCUUGCUUCUAAGUCAUGGAGCCGUAAAGGAAUAUGAUUCUCCUUCAAAGUUAUUACAAAGCAAGUCUUCUUCAUUCUCAAUGCUUGUAGCAGAGUAUACAUCAAGGUCCUCUAUUUCAAAUUCACAAGCCAAAUCAACUUAAUAAGAUUUUAGUAGACUUUUCAAUCUGGUAAGAGGAGAGGUUAUGUCAAGGUGGGGGAAACAAACAAGGAAUAGAGUGUGGUAUUCCUACUUUAAAGGAAUAGAGUGGUAUUCUUACAUUUUUAGCAAUAUUAUUGACUUUUGCUGUUGCAAUAGGUCAAAUACGGUGUAGUGACGUAUUAAACAAGUUUAUGCAUAUUAUUGG